AACUAUAUCAGCCACUUCUCCCAGGCAAACGCCCCGGCGAUGCCAGCACGCGCAGUCGUCAUAACGUAUCCAUCCGUUAUUACCAGCUUGUAGCCGAAUCCCGGAGCAGCGACUUGUCAAUUGACAGAGCAGGACACGGUUAGAGAGGGAGGCAGACAGACAGGAGAGGAGCUGGUAGGCGUUUCGCCUCCCGGGACAGACCGCCGCACAGUGUGAAAGUAUAACUGCAGGAGAGGACGCAGACGCUCACCAUGACGGAUCAGAGCGCUUUUUAACUAGAGGAUAAAAAAAAAGAAGGACAUUAAUGAUUUGAAGCUAUUUCCCAAACGAGAUUGAUAAUCCUUCUCUCAGUCUGAAGCUUGUCUUUUCUCUGACCUAUAACGCCUCUAUCUAUAGACCGCCAUCCACUGGGCAGCACGCACUCUUGUCCGGCGUCUCUCCUUGGAGAGCGCGACGCGGAGAGAAGAGAGAGGUCAAGACAAAGUCACUUCUGUGGCUGAAAAGGGGGGGGAACGACCAUCUACCAAGCUCCUCUGGUUGUGCAGUUUCUUUACUACGCGUUUCUACUCUUAUUAUUCCAUUUUCUUACCAGCGGGAGACCUUGAAACGGAUAAUCACCUACCAAUAAACCAACCAACCAACCAACCAAAAAAAAAAGGAUCAUUACUCUCUUACCAAGGACAGAGCAGAUGCAAAGAGCUGUGCACGAGGGAGAUGUGAUGUUGGGGCAGGAAUGACUGCUGCUGAAUGGGGGGAGCAGAGAGCAUCUAUAGGGGAGCCUACGUGGAGACCGGCUGAGUAGCCUAAAACCACACGACCGUACCCGGUUACACCGAGUCCAGAGUCGUUUCCUCACUCUCCCUAUCCAUUGCUUUUCCUCUGCACUUUAACUAGACACUGGAUUCCAGCGAUAUUAAACCCCGGCGGCUGGGUAUUCUCCUUUAAAUGACCGAUUAACGGAGUCUUAACGGAAACGCGGGGAGCUCAUGUGGAGACCAUUUGAGUGCGCAUCGCGGCGGUGCGCCGGUUUAACGGCGUUUUAUCCACUCUCACAGUCCCGUCCAAGUGGAUCACCAGCGGUCGCAGGAUUGCUGUAGGUUAUAGACUGCCACCGGUCGCGUACCCGUACCCGGCUUUUGAUGCAAACUCAACGGGAACUAAUUUGAAACGCCUCGCUUGCCCCACCACUCCUCCAGGAGCCCCGCAGCGCGACCAGCCUUGCGCGGUGCAAGACAGACAAAAAAAAAAAAAAAAAGUGGAUAUGAUUUCUUAUUUGGUUUGAAAUUUUGUCUGACCAGGAGGAGGAUUAUUGUUUGACGAGUGGAGAUCUUCACCUGGCUUGAGGAGGGGGGGGAGGGAUAAACGGAGGAAAAACAGCCUCUACCUGAACGGAGAGGAGGAGAGGCAGACGCGCAGAAAACCAGAAGCACGGCCGUAACCUCACACGGCGAAGCACUGCUAACAAAGCAACAGACUGGAGAGCAGCCUGUGAUCCCCCGCUGCAGCCGAGUGAGAAGGCCAACUGAUGAAGGGCUGACAGUCUGCAUAGCGUGGCACCUCUUUGUCUAAGGUCUUUGGAUCCAUCUCCUGAGGACAUCUCUCUUUUCAGUCCAUCUCCUGUCACCACAGUUUACCUUCAUGUUGAGACUUAAUAAAUCACAGCACACCAGAUAGAGUUGCCCUGUUCCCUGUGGAGGAUAAUGGAACGGCUGUGGUUCUCUUUGCUGUUGCUGGCAGCAGCAUGCAGGGGACAGCCGUGUCCGAAACGCUGCAUGUGCCAGAGCCUUUCUCCAUCGCUCGCUAUCCUCUGUUCCAAGACAGGCUUGCUCUUUGUUCCUGCUGCCAUUGACCGACGCACUGUGGAGCUACGGCUUCAAGAGAACUUCAUCACAGCUGUCCGAAGAAAGGACUUUGCCAACAUGACCAGCCUGCUGCAUCUGACCCUGUCCAGAAACACCAUCAGUCAGAUCCUCCCUUCAGCUUUCAGUGACCUGCGGCGACUGAGAGCACUCCACCUAGACUCUAAUAGAUUAACUGUGAUCAAGGAUGACCAUUUUAAAGGCCUGACCAACCUUCGCCACCUGAUCCUGGCCAACAACCAGCUCCACUCCAUAUCUCCCCACGCCUUUGAUGACUUCCUGUCCACACUGGAGGAUCUAGACCUCAGUUACAACAACCUCGCUCAGGUGCCCUGGGACACGAUUGGGCGCCUAACCAAUGUCAAUACCCUAAAUAUGGAUCAUAACCUCAUAGAAAAUGUUCCUCAAGGUGUAUUCACCAACCUGCACAAACUGGCCAGGCUAGACAUGACGUCAAACAAGCUGAAGAAAAUACCCCCUGACCCGUUGUUCUUGAGAAUCCCAGUUUAUGCCAAGUCCAAAGGCUCCCCUCUCUCCUCCCUGGUGUUGAGUUUUGGUGGCAACCCCCUUCACUGUAACUGUGAACUUCUAUGGUUGAGGAGACUAACCAGAGAAGAUGACCUGGAGACAUGUGCCUCUCCCCCUGACCUCAGUGCCAAGUACUUCUGGACAAUCCCUGAAGAGGAGUUUAUUUGUGACCCACCAGUUCUGACCCGUAAGUCACCUCAUACCGUGGCUAUGGAAGGCCAGCCUGCCAGCCUGAAGUGCAAAGCAAAUGGUGACCCAGAGCCUGAAGUCCACUGGAUCAGCCCUGAAGGGAGACUUAUAUCAAAUGGCUCCAGAACUUUAGUUUUCCCUAACGGGAGCCUGGAGAUCAAUGUAACAUCCCUGAAGGAUUCCGGAAACUUCACCUGCAUUGCCUCCAAUGCAGCAGGUGAAUCCACAGGAAGGGUGGAGCUAGUUGUCACGGCGAUGCCCCAUCUCGCAAACAGCACGAGCCGCAGUCGAGACCCGUCCUCUGAACCUGCCCCCUCUGACAUUCUAACCUCCUCUAAGGUCGCGUUGCCUAACAACGAGACAAGGGGGCCAGACCGGAGGGUCUCAUUGGUGGAACUGACAGGGAACUCUGCCCUCAUAAGAUGGAGCAGUCAGACGCCUAUGUCUGGAGUCAGGAUGUUCCAGGUCCAGUACAACAGCUCUGGUGAUGACACACUGGUUUACAGGAUGAUCCCAUCCACCAGUAAUGACUUCCUGGUCCGGGAUCUCGCCGCCGGACGUAACUACGAUCUUUGUGUCCUGGCCGUGUUUGAUGAUGUCAUCACAUCACUGACUGCAACACGUCCUUUGGGCUGUCUGUCGUUCACCACAGACACAGAGUUCAGCCAGUGUCAAGCACUGCACAGCCACUUCCUGGGUGGUACUAUGAUCAUCAUCAUUGGAGGGAUUAUUGUUGCUUCUGUGCUGGUUUUUAUCAUCAUCUUAAUGAUACGUUACAAGGUUUACAUCCACCAAGGUGCAGGCAGCGGAAAAGGAGCCAUUGCGGCCACUGCGCCAAGACCACAAAGCAAUGGACAAGGAGGAGGCGGACAGGUCCAAGUCCUCCCUCGCUCUGCCUCAAAAAUGACUGACAGUCAGGACGAGCAAGCGCUAGCACCGUCCAGGGCCAUGUCGCCUAGCAACACCCUGAGAGACACUGUGGCACUGGUCGAGGAGGAGAGCAGCGGACGGAGCAUACUGACAAGGACUGACUCCUUGGCCAAUGAGGAGUUGCUCUCGCCCACCAAGGCCCGCUUCUCCUCCAGGGUCGCCAUCGAGAUGAAAAGCAGACCGCCAUCUGUCGCCAAAGAGCCCUCCUCCCCGAAGGAACUGGCAGAGCCCUGAUGAUGAUGUUGAGUGGCAAAUAUGGAGAAUGAACGUCACCACCAGGGACAAGCUGGUGAAAACUCUGAAGAAAAAAAAAAAGGCCCUAUAGCUCCUCUCCCUGUAUCUCCUGUUUACUGUACCCAUUACUUUGUUUCCAUGAAUAUCAUGGGGUUAUAGAACUGUACUGUCUGGUUUUCUUUAAACUACUUAUCCUGGUUCUCAUGUCUGGAUUAGACGACCAACUGUGUCAAGACCCGGUUUCUGCUUGGCUGCUGAUUGGCCAGUUGCUGCAGGAUCCAGCUGUCAGUGUGAUCAUCUUAAUAGCUGUUAAUGGAGGAGCACUAGUUAAAUGCUGAAUUUUCCACUUUGAAGCAUCUGAAUCAGUGUGGAAAUGGAUACAGUGGGCAUAACAACAUAAAGAGGCAUAUCUGGAUGUCUCAACUUCUCCCCAUCUGGAGCAGCAUCAGUGUGUACGGACAGACAGUGAGUGGAAGGUAAAAACAGAAAGAAAAUGAGUGGCUAACCUGUGAAAAAUUGAUGCAUAGAUAAUCACACUCAACCUGGAAAUACAAUAUGGUAGACUGCAUAACCAGAAAGGGAAUAAAAAUCAAACAGAAGCGUGUCUGGAUGGAUCUGGUUUUGGAUACGAGCAGAUGUUAAACAAUUAUGGCUCCCUGUUUCUGCAACUCAACAUAAGGGACUCUCCACACAGCUGGCUCUAAGUGGCUUCACUUUAUUAAUCCAUGUGGAACAAUGCAAUUCUGCUGAACUGAACUGAGCUGAUCAUAAGCUGGGCUGAACUGGAGCCGGAUGAUAACUUUGACUGGACCCUGAUAUCUCUCACAUACAGUAUAUAAGGAAACCUGCGCUGAGCUGGUUUGACCUGGACAGAACUGAACCAACCUGGACCCAGUGGAGCCUGACCUGGAGUUGUACACCAGAAAUGGAUUAAUACUGUGCAACUCUGUUUAGUCUGAUGCAGACUGAACUGGACUAGACUAGACAGGCCUGUUGCCUAUUGGUCUAGCCUGUGUGCUCUUCUGCUCUGGUCUAUUACCUACUGCUUUCCUCUGGAUGGGGCCGGUGAGGACCUUGAGGACCUUUACCAGCCCCUCUCCCAUCUCUCCAGGCCCACUUAAACAGACCCAGCGAUCAAGAGGAAGGCCACACGUCUCAAGUGAAGAAAGACAAAUGAACCAAUAAGAGAAAAAAUAAAGUAGCGGGGCAUCAGCUAACCAAAAUCAAGUCAAAUCAUGACUGAUAUCAUCUUUACCAGAAACAUCUUGACCUACAACAUCAUCACUACUGUCAUCCUUAAAUAUGUUUACAGGUACAGAGAUCUACACAGAGUCAGAAAAGUUUAAUGUGAAGUAAAAUGCUAUAUGACUGCACUACUGAAUGCUUUGUUAACAUCUCGGUUGUAGUCACCUACUGUAGGCCUCUCUGCACAUCAUUACCACAAUGGAGUGUGUUUGCAUGCUCACAACAUGACUGAUAACUGGUCACAUCUCAUGUAGUGUUCUGUGUCUAAAGAGUUACAUCUUCACGUGCGUCAGACAGAUAUCCCUUUAUAUCAAUGAUCAGAAUAUUCCAGGUGCUCGAUAAGAUGCACCGCUCUCUUCAUCAUCAUGCUUUGACACAGCCUUCGUUGCUGGUUAUUGUAAAUGGGAUAUGUGGUGUCACAGGUGCCAUCUCAGAUCUGUACUUUCCAUGUGUUUGCACGUAAUUGCAUUCACUGCCAUUCCCCUGUGUCAUUAUUAUUAUAAUCAUGAUUGUUACAGUUCCCCGCAGAGACGCAAGUUGGUAGAAGAGAAACUAGACAGAGAGCCUCAAAGUUUUUGACCCAUCCCAGGGUCGCCCACCCAAGAGACACACCCAAAACAACAUGAACGCUUUGUCUUCACUUUUCCCUUCCUGUGUCCCCCUCACUUUUUCUUUGGGCUUUAUCUUUUGUAUGUGUACAUAAAGCAAUUUCAAAUCUUAUAGUUUUGUACAUGUAAUUUUUAUGGUGUGUGGAUAUUUUCUAAUAAAAUAAAACAAAAAUGGA